AUGGCAGAUGAAGCGCCAAGCCCACCGGAACCGGGCAAUGAAGUCCGUCCUCAGCGCCGAUGUGGAAGACGGGCAGUCCUGUCCACUGGAACCGCUGUUGCUGUGUGCAUCUUUUUCGUGGCUGGAGCUUUGAGAGUACGCCACACGGCUGGAGCGCCAGUACCAGCCCCGCCAGCUCCGUCCAGGACGCUGACGGUUCCGGGAUCCGAUCUGGCCACGUCCAAUCUUUGGGAGUCGAGCGCAGAACUCCAGGGCCAAUCCUUAUACAGGCCGCUGCCAUCAAGCUGCUUCCAGCAAGUCCGCUGCAGCUUCCUCCGCGAGGCGAACAAGUAUGAGCACCGAUCAUCAUCGGAGCUGUCCGACACGCUGGCGAUUCAAUUUGGUGUUGGGCCGCGCUUCUUGCGGCGGACCCUGGGCUUUCUGUUGGGCAACGCCAGUCAGAAGCACGCGGAGGAGCGGCGGUCCUUCCUGUACAGGGAGUUCCUUCGACGCGGAUGCGGCCCAGAGUUGAUCCCGGAGUGCAGGUACAAUCGAUCUCUGUUGAGCCCUGCCGUCGAAUCCGCCCUGAGCCGGCUAUUGCGCGAGGCUCCUGUGGGCAAAGGCGACAGCCAGGCUCUUCGAACAUGGGAGAAAGAGCUUUUGCCAAUGGUCGGAACUCAUGUCCAGAUUGGCAGUGAGCGUGGCGCAGAGCUGAAUCUGUUGGCAUCCUCGCAGGUGGUCACUGACAAUGCGGGAACUUGCUUCUCAGCGGAUCUUUGCGCGCUUCUGGCCCCUUUGCUGAAAUGGCUGCCCAAGACGCUGUCGUGCAACACCGGCGUGUGCCAUAACAGCCAGACACGGAUUUCGGACGAGCACCUCCUGUGCGCUUUCCGUGGAGGUGAUCCCCAGGCCACCUUUGAAUGCGAUCCACAAAGUUGGACCAACACCUCUCGUACCAAUUUUCUGCUCAGCGGCGACCCCACCCAACCUGCAAGCACGUACAGGUAUCGCUGGGAAGAGGUGUCAGUGAUACUUGACAGGAUGGGCUUGCCAGAGGCCGCCCAGGCCCUGGACCUGCUUUCGAGUUUCCGUGCAUGCCAUGGUGAAGGAAGGCUGUGGAAGGCGGACAGCACGGGUGUGUACAAGUGCGAGUGUAACUUGCAGUGUGGCAAUGGCCAGCUGCAGAAAGACAGCUGCACUUGCGAGUGCCCUGGUGAUGCGUGGCACGGAUGGGCCGGGGCGACCUGUGCCACAACUUAUGGCAAGUGCAUCAAGGGCAAGGGCACAGGAGGUGUGGACCCGUUCCAUGCGGUGGGGCAUGCCUGCGAUUCUGGAAAUGAGUGCAGCACUAGCACUGCAUCCACCACAUGCAAGGCAACGGAAGUUUGUUGCCUCACCGGCUUCAAUGCGUUGUGCUGCAAGUUCGGGAGUACCUGCGACUGUGGACCUUGGACUUGCGCAUGCGUGGACGGCGACGACAUCUCGCAGAUGUUGGUCUAG